CGUUGCACGGUCAACUUCUCUGGCGUGAAUUCUUUUAUUGUGCCGCCACGAAGAAUCCUAAUUUUGAUCGGAUGCAAGGCAAUCCGAUUUGCGUCCAAAUACCAUGGGAUAGGAAUGUCGAAGCGUUGGCAAAAUGGGCGAACGUUUUCCAUGGAUCGAUGCGAUUAUGACUCAGCUCAGAGAAGAAGGUUGGAUACAUCACUUGGCGAGACACGCAGUUGCUUGCUUUUUGACCAGAGGUGACCUUUGGAUAUCCUGGGAGGAGGGAAUGAAGGUCUUCGAUGAACUUCUAUUAGAUGCCGACUGGUCAGUGAAUGCCGGUAUGUGGAUGUGGUUGUCGUGCAGCUCUUUUUUCCAGCAGUUCUUUCAUUGCUACUGCCCUAUACGAUUCGGUAGAAAAGCCGAUCCAAACGGCGAUUACAUUCGACGUUACCUUCCAGUAUUGAAAAAUUUUCCCACAAGAUAUAUUCAUGAACCGUGGAACGCUCCAGUUAGUAUACAAAGAGCAGCAAAGUGCAUAAUCGGCAAGGAAUAUUCGUUACCAAUGGUGAAUCAUAGCAAGAGUUCGCGGAUCAACUUCGAGCGAAUGAAGCAGGUUUAUCAACAGCUUAAUAAGUAUCGUGGAAACGGAUCGUCCUUCAAAGGCGAAUCAGUUGGUCUUUUAAAUGCACUUUUGCCGUCCAAUCCAAAAGUCAAGGAAGACGAAGAAAAAAACAAUCGACCAUUGUUAAAAGAUGAAGACAGAAAAAUGGACGCUAAUGAUGCUAAUACCGCACAACAGUAACGAGCACAAUACCGAUCGAAAUGACGUUUCUGAAGAAGAAAUCGUUUAUUCUUUCUUUCUUUCUUUUUUUUCUUUUUUUACCUUAACUAUCAUCGACCAAUGUGAAAAAUGCAUCAUUUUUCAUAUUUUGCGAAGUUAACAUCUUUAAUUUCCUUUCUUUCUUUCUCUCUCUCUCUCUCUCUUUCUCUCUCUCUUUUUCUUUCUAUUUUUUUUUUCUUUUACUUCAUGGACAUAUCCUCGUCAUUAAGAUCGUUCUUUAAAAAGACAGUUUUCAUCAAUCACGUCGCUAAUUUAAUUACUAUUAUGAGGUUAGUCGUUUAAGAAACGUUCGUAUUGAUUUUACACACCCUGAGAGAGAAGUCACGCGAUAAGGUACAAAAUAGAAUAAAACUAUUAUAUUAAAAGAGAUUAAGUAUUAAUAAGAUGAUAUUCGCUUAAUCAAAGACAAGAUAUAUAUUUGUUAUCUCGAUAUACAUACACAUGUGUAUGAUAUAUAUACGAGAUUAUCGUUAAAAAAAAAUAUAUAUAUAUAUGUGUAUAUACAUAUACAUAUACAUAUACAUAUAUAUUAUAUAUAUAUAUAUUAUAUGUAUAUUACGAUGAUCUUUAUGUUAUUGAUACGCCAUUAAAAAUGUUCAUAUCGAUUACAUAUUAAGCUUCUCAUGAUUCUCAUCAAUGGUUUUUAAGAGAUUCUUUUUUUUUAUGCGUAAUGUGUAUUUCACAUUUGUAUCAUUAUAUGUAUUCUAUUUUAUACGUACACACACACACAUACACAUGUGGGUGUGUAUAUAUGUAUAUAAUGAUUAUUCAUUGUACAGAGUCAAUUUUAUGCUAUAAAAAGAAUUUUCAUGUAACUAGUCUAUUAUGUUAACAUUACAAAUGAACCAUUCACUUACCUUUUCCUUGUUUUUGUUUACUAUGUUUUCAGCUUCCAGACAAAUAUGGCGAUGUUUUAAUCGAAUCGAAAAGUAAUACGAUUAAGAGUAGUCGUUGAUUAUAGAUCAUAAAUUAUAGAUCAUAAUCGAACUGUCGGUAAAUUGGUUUUAGUUAGUGUUUAAAACUCGAUCGAUAUUUCAAAUUCUCUUCAUGUGUACAUUCUGCUUUAUUAAUUAUUUUUUACUUUUUGUCUAUUAUUCCUUCAUCUUUUUUAUUUAUUUUUUUUUGUGUAUUUUUUAUCUACAAAAAAGUUAUUAAAACAGAAUGUACAAACUUGAUACUACCAUGAUAUAUAUAUAUAUAUAUCUUUUUAAAUUCCAAGUGAAAUAAAAAAGAGGAAGAAAUUUUUGUUUUUUUAACUUGACAAAACAACUCGCGAUUUUGAAUUUGAUCAUCGAUCCAAGAUCUCCGGUAUGAGUGAUCGUUCAACGUGAAUAAACUUUCUCUUUCUCUUUCUUUUUUUUUCUUUUGCUACAAAAAGUCGAUCAUAGAUUUACUCUAUAUUAUAUACCGCGAUUUUGGAACAUACGAAAUGAUUCGUUGUUCCGCAUCAUGUUCAUUUAAAUCGUCUUGAUAGCUAUUAAUUGACGUUCUCUCUCUCAUUCUCACUCUCUCACUCGCUCAUUCAAUUUCUCAAUCUCUCUCUCUCUCUCUCUCUCUCUCUCUUUUUCUCUUGACUUGUCGCUAUUUCGAAAGAGAGAAAGGUGGACGGUUAUGGUGUUGUGCGAAAACUGUGCAUUCCUCUUUUUAUGUGAUCGAUGGUGUCAAUAAAACGUAAUUCUCUCCUUCCUAACAUCAUCGUUAAACUUGCAAUUUAAAAGAUUUGUUUUCGCACGACACCAUUCAUGUCUUCCAAUGAUAAUACGAGCUUUGCGUUACAGUUUACACUUCUGUGAUCAAAAGUUAUGAACAUUCUUAAGUGAGUUUAAUUUUUUCUUUUUUCUUUGUUUCUUUUUUUUCUCUUUGUUCUUUUUCUUUUUUAAAUAAACUCAAAUUUAUCUGUGUGAUAUAAAUUAUAUAGAUUAGCUUACGUGUAUAUGUGUAUGUGUAUAAGUUUAUGAAAGAUAUUAUUAACAAUAUUGUCAGAGAAAUGAUCAAAAGGUACAUCGUAUUGGUAAUCGAAAUUAGGUUGAUUAUAUAAUAUUUCAAUUCAUUAGGGAGUAAUCAAUUUUUGAUCGUGAACGUGUAUUAGGACGCUUUACACGAUCCUACUACAUAUCUCUCUCUCUCUCUCUCUCUCUCUCUCUCUCUCUCUCUCUCUCUCUCUCUCUCUCUCUCUCAUCCUUUCGUGAUGCGCUCCAACUAAACUUACACGACGAUGGUUUUUUUCUUUAUUCUUUUUUUUUUUCAUGUCAACAAAUAAUAUAUUUUUAGUGCCUAUAGUACUUAUAGUUUUACAGUACAUUUUUCAUUAGUUUUUUAAACAAUUACAAAUGAACAUUCUCAGCACUCAGAAACAGGACUAAUGUUUUUUUUUAUCUUGCUCGGUCAUUCUUCGUUUCUCUCUCUCUCUCUCUCUCUCUCUUCUCUCUCUCUCUCUCUCUCUCUCUCUCUCUCUCUCUUGCACACACGCACACACAAUACACAUACAUUCUCUAGCUUUCUCUCUUUUUCUUUAAUCAUGCUCAGUUACGCACAUUUUCUGUCGUUCUCUCGAAUUUUUAUUCAUACAAAUAUACAGACAGACUACGUACACAUACACGUACACGCAUACACAUACACAAACGCUUAUUCUCUCUCUCUCUCUCUCUCUCUCACUUUCUUUCUUUUUCUCGAUCAUCACGUGCGUUUUUACGUGCCAUACGUGUGUUUCUCUCGCGAUAUACAGAAUUCACGAACUCUUCCGCUCUCGUCGUAAUAUGAAUAUGUAUGUAUAUAAUCUAUAGUAUCGAUAAUAAUAAUCGAGCGGAGGGGUGGGACAGAGGGAAGAGAAGCGACGAUCAAAAUAAUACUUUUUUUUUUUUCUUUCUUAAUCGUUAAAGAGAGACAAUGAUAAUCGCGAUAAUUUCCGCAUGUUCGAUUAAAAAUGGGAAUCGCAUAUGAUCGUAUGUAUGUAUGUAUAUAUGUAUGUACAUGUGUGUGUAUACAUAUAUAUAAAUAUAUAUACACGCACAAACAUUCACACACUACAUAUAUAUAUAUAUGUAUAUAUAUGUAGUAAGAAAAACCGAUGCGAUUUGAACGUAUGUAGUUUUUGAAAAAGGCGAAUGCGCUUUGAAAGUUAAGUGUUAAGGAUGGAAAUAGGAAUUUUUUUUAUUUCAUUUGGGGAUAUGUUAAUGACGAUUUUUGUGAGAAAAUAUUAAAUAACUUUUGGAGUAAGAGGAGAAUGAGAAGGAGAACGAGAAAGCGACGAACGAAUCAAAUUCUCUUUCAAGCUUUUUCAUAAUACGCACUCUAACUAUCGUCAUACGCAUGCCCGUGUUUCUCUCUCUUUCUCUUUCUCUAUCUAGCAAACUCUUUAUCUCUCUUUAUCUCUCUUUCUCUCUCUCUCUCUCUCUCUCUCUCUCUCUCUUUUAAUUAAUUUCCUUAAUGGAAUAAACUACGGCCGUGGAGAGUGUUCAAACGCGUAAACUUCGGUAGAAAAUCGUCAAAGAGUUUGCUUUCGGUGUUGUUCGUUUUCUUUCUUUUUAAAAAUGGUUUUUAAAAGAAUUGAGAAAUAAAAAACGAAAGAAAAAAUGUAAGAAAGGAUAAAUUGUCUCGGUAGAUAAGAAUAACGAUGACAUUUCUUUUCUCGGUUCAUUCCUUUAUGUGUAAACGAAAAGAAAAGAAGAAGAAGAAAAAAAAGAAAGAAAUGUCCUUUUCUAUUCGCAAUACUCUUUUCGAUUUUCUCCAAUUUUCAACAAAUCGUCACUCGCCUUUUUCUUUAUAUUGAUCAACGGAUUGAGCUCGUUUCAACUCCCAUUGGUCAAUCAUCAUUCGCCUAUUUUCUUUCUUUCUUUCUUUCUUUCUUUCUUUCUUUAUGUUGACCAAUGGAUGAGCUCGUUUUUAGCUCCCAACGGCUCGUAUCGCGAGAGCGUAAAAUGUCGAUCUUUUUCCACAUUUGAUUCGUGGAUAGAUCGCCAAGGAAAUCUGUGUCGACUGAAGGAAAUAAAGAAGAAUAAGAAGAAGAAGAAAAAGAAGAAAAAAAAGAGGAGAUGAAGGUGGUGGAAAAGGAAGGCAAGGAAGAAUCUCUCCUUGAUGACUUUCCUUCCUUCCUUCCUUCCUUCCUUCCUUCCUUUUUUCUUCCUUCAUUUCUUUUUUUUAUACCUCUAACUAUACUUACUCUUAAACACUGGUGUUCUCUACGUUCGGUUAAGGCCAAGAUUCUAAGGAAUCUCUACCUUUUUUAAACCGUUUUAAAUGACGACGAUUUGUCGCGAACGCGAUGCGAAAUCCGGACGGAGAGGAGGUCGGAGCGAAUUAUUAUUACGAGAAAACGAUCUCACUUUCUCUCGUCGUUUUUACGAACGAAAAAACCAAAAUGACGAUGACGACGAAGACGACGACGACGACAACGACGAUGACGACGAUAACGACGACGACGACUUAAUGACACCUUCGUGACUUUUUUUUUUUUGGAUAAUCCCAACCAAUCAUUGGCUUUGCUCGAGGACGGAGAAUAUUUUUCUCAUUUUCACGUGUAUGAAUGUAUAUAUGUAUGUAUGUAUGUAUGUAUGUAUGUACGCAUAUAUGUAUACCAAAGAAAUAAAAUAUUAAAAUAUUUGUUUUUCUCAACGAUCUAGUAAAUAAACUAACUUUGUCUCGCGUAUGCACGUGCACGUAUAUAAAUUAUGUAUGUAUGUAUGUAUGUAUGUAUGUAUGUAUGUAUGUAUGUAUGAGAUAAGUUUUCUAAUCAAAAUUCUAUUUUCUCUUUCUUACGUUCCUAAUAGAUUUAAUAUUUAUUUAUCCAAAUAUUCAUGAAGAAAUUAUUCAAUGGUGUGUACGUCUCUCUCUCUCUCUUCUCUUUCUUUUUCUUGAAUAUAGAAUUUCUAAAAUUGAUACUAGCUUGUUAUACGUGAUUUCAUUUAACAUGAGAGAUCCUUUGUGAAGAUUAAAGUGAAAGUAAGAAGAGCGAGUGCAAAGUGGAUAUAAUAGGAAAAAUGUAUUGACGUAAACAGAAAUAGGUGAAACGAGUUUUUGACAGAUUAAAGAAAACAGAAAAAAAGAAAAGAAAAAACAGAAAACCAAAAAGAAAAGGGUAUUCUAAGGGUAAGGCGAGCGACGACGUUGAAUAUUUAGAAUGUUGAUGCUCACGAGGUCGCCUAUGAAAGGCAGGUUGGAGAGCUUAAUUUCUCCCUGAAUUCCGUUCGAGAUUCGUGCAAAUCUCUUGCCUUUCGUCGAGCUUUCUCGUCUCUUACAUAAUCUUGAUUACUUUGGAAAACGAGGACGUUUCCGUGAAACCCAAAUUUUCCCAAACCUAUGUAACUACGUAUAUACUCUCGUAUAUAUAUAUAUAUAUAUAUAUAUAUAUAUAUAUAUAUAUAUAUAUAUACCGAAAGUAGUAGUAAUAAGAGGAGUAAAAAUAAGCUAGACAUUUAGUAAAUGAUUGGAGGAUAAAAAGAAAAAAGGAGAAAGAAAAAAAAAGAAGUCUAGAAAUAUUUCAUCCUUGUAAUACUUUGUUCUUUCUCAUACGUUCGUUCAAUAAACGUAAUUAACAUGUGUCCACUUAAGAACGAUGAUAUUAAAAAUGAAAAAGGAUAAUCUUCAAUGAAUUGUGAGAUAUUUAAUGUGUCAAUGGCCUAUGAUAAAAAUCCUGUUAAACGGAUAUGUUAGAAUUGUAUGGAAUUAAAAAUAGGAAAAAAGAAAAAUAUUCAUGAAGUUUUUAAGUGAAUAUUUGAAAAUUUUCAUUUUUUUUCUUUCUUUUUUUUUUUUUUUUUUUAAU